CGGCAUAGAAUAGAUGUUGAACAGACUAAGAUUUUGUUCUCUCCUCCUUUCUUCUAGUUUGACUGAUUUGUGGAAACUCAGGAAAAACAACAAAAAGAGUGUGUUGGUUGUAGGAUCCUCAGCCUAAAAUUUUGGUAGCAGUGAGGAGAUCAUCACAAAAUGGAGAAGAAAGGGACAGUAUUGAUGCAAAGGUUUGAGGUGGGACGAUUACUGGGUCAAGGGACAUUCGCCAAGGUUUACCAAGCCAGGAAUCUAAGAACCGGCGAAAGCUGCGCCAUUAAAACCAUCGAUAAAGAGAAGAUAAUGAAAGGAGGUUUGAUAGAUCAAAUCAAGCGUGAAAUCUCAGUUAUGCGCCUCGUUAAACAUCCCAAUGUUGUUCGACUCUAUGAGGUAAUGGCUAGCAAAUCAAAGAUAUAUUUCGUGAUGGAAUAUGUUAAAGGCGGUGAGCUUUUCAACAAGAUCGCUAAAGGGAAGCUCAAGGAAGAUGACGCCCGACGCUAUUUCCAGCAAUUGAUAGCUGCCGUUGAUUACUGCCAUAGCAGAGGUGUUUAUCACCGGGAUUUGAAGCCCGAGAAUCUCCUCCUCGAUGAAAAUGGGAAUCUCAAGGUUUCGGAUUUUGGGCUGAGUGCGUUUAUAGAAUCAAGCAGACAAGAUGGGCUUCUUCACACCACUUGCGGAACUCCAGCUUAUGUUGCACCCGAAGUCAUUCACCACAAAGGCUACGACGGAGCCAAGGCUGAUAUUUGGUCUUGUGGAGUCAUUCUUUACGCUCUGUUGGCUGGUUUUCUCCCUUUUCAACACUCCAAUCUCAUGGAACUGUAUAGAAAGAUAAGUAGAGGAGAAUUCAAGUGCCCACAGUGGUUCUCUCCCCAAGUUCGGAAGCUUCUUUCCAGGAUUCUUGAACCCAAUCCAAUCCAAAGAAUCACUGUGGCUAAGCUAAUGGAAAAUUGUUGGUUUAGGAAAGGGUAUAAACAUAUUGAUAUCCCACCACCAUCCCCUCAACCCCGUACCUUAGACUCGUUAAUUACCGACGAUAGUUCUGGUUCUUGGGAGCCGAGAAGCCCGGUUAGGCCGAGUUAUUUCAAUGCUUUCGACAUUAUAUCUCUUUCACAAGGUUUAAACUUAUCAGGUUUGUUUGAGAAAGAUUUGAACCAAAGGGAUUGCUCACGGUUCACCACUAGAAAACCAGCCAGCGAUAUCGUUUCAAAAUUUCAACAAAUAGCCCAGACCGAGAGUUUUAGCAUCAAGAACAAGGAUGGGAAGGUGAAAUUGCAAGGCAGUAAGGAAGGGAGAAAGGGACAGCUUGGUAUAGAUGCUGAGAUCUUUGAAGUUACCGCUUCGUUUUAUGUGGUGGAGUUGAAGAAAACUGCUGGGGAUACUUUGGAAUACAAGAAUUUCUGUAACAAAGAAUUGAAGCCGUCGCUCAAGGAUAUAGUGUGGGCUUGGCAAGGCAGCAACAAUUAUACCCAGAACCUGGUUUGAGUUUUCGUAUUCCAACCAACAACUAUACUGUGGUAGCAGCUAAUUAGGGAGCUUCUUACCCUCUCCGAAUUUCAAUUUCUUUUCUUUUCUCGCCUUUUGUAAUUAAGCUCCAAAUUUUAGUUUAUGAAUGUAAGAAGAUGUGUAAAUAAUUAACAAAUUAACCUUUCUACUAAAA